AUGGAGCCGGGCGCGGGGCCGGACUGGGGCCCGGUGGCCUGCGUGCUCACGGGCGCCUCGCGGGGCUUCGGCCGCAGCCUGGCGCGCCUGCUGGCCCCGCGCCUGGGCGCCGGCUCCGUGCUGCUGCUGCUGGCGCGCUCGGCGGCGCCGCUGGCCGAGCUGGCGGCCGAGCUGCGGCGCGGCGCCCCCGCGGCCGCGCUCCGCGUCGAGUGCGUCCCCGCCGACCUGGGCACCGACGAGGGGCUGCGGCGGGCGGUGCGCGCCCUGCACGAGCUGCUGCCCAGCGCCCCGGCCGCCCGCUUGCUCCUCAUCAACAACGCCGGCUCGCUGGGAGACGUCUCCAAAACCUUCGUGGAGCUCGCCGACCCCRACGAGAUCAACAGCUACUUGGCCUUCAACGUCACCUCGGCGCUGUGCCUCACCUCGGCCGCCCUGCGCGCCUUUGGGCAGCGCCCCGGCGCCGCCCGCGCCGUCGUCAACGUGUCCUCGCUGUGCGCCCUGAAGCCCUUCAGGUCGUGGGCGCUCUACUGCGGCGGCAAGGCUGCCCGCGACAUGAUCUUCCAGGUGCUGGCGCUGGAGGAGCCCGACGUCCGCGUGCUCAGCUACGCGCCAGGGCCUCUGGACACAGACAUGCAGCUCUUGGCCCGGACUCAGACCGGGGACGCCGAGAUGCGUGAGCAUUUCCAGGGCCUGCACGAGCGCGGGCAGCUCGUGGACUGCGACGUUUCUGCGCGGAAGCUGCUGCGGCUCCUGGAAGAGGACGCCUUCCCCUCCGGCGCCCACGUGGAUUUCUACGACGCCUGAGCUGCUGUCGCCYCAGCUCUCACCUUGGUGCUUCGCUUUCCACUGCGUCCCUGGGGYCUCUCCAGUGCGGUCACCGCUCCCGAGGUGCCUUGGUGUUCCCAAGGGGGACACACGACAUCCCUGCUUUGCUUUGCCUUCGACCAGAGCCCUGCUUGUGUAUCCCCGGAUUCCCACCCAGGGAUCUCGUGCUGCGGAUCUUGUCCCACCUGGCCAUCCCAUUGGGGUCGCUGAGCCUGGCCCUGGGAAAUGUGCGUCCUAGAAACUUUCUGCUCGACAGCAACGUCCCUGCAAACCUCUUCUGGCUCAGCCCUUCACAUUCUGCAUACCCUGAUCUACAGGCAUUAAAAAU